CCAAAACCUAGGGCUCAUUUCUCCCUCUUUUCUCUUUCAAACCAAAAAAAAAAAAGACAAACACUAUGCCAACCUUCACAACAAUAGCCCUAGAGAAUCUUCUCCAACACCGGAAUCCAACCAAAAAUCCGUCGACUUUAAAAACCCCUUCUCCAAUUCCACCACUCGAAAAAUCAUCAGAAUCCGAUUCCAAAAAAGAUGAACAAAAAAAGGAAAAAAAUAAACUAAAUCAUAUAUACAUAUCACCUGCGUUAUACACAACUCCAGAACCAACUCCAAUUCUUCUCGAAACUUCUUUUCCCGCUUCUUCUGUUUCUCCUUCUCCUUACGUCUUUAACCGAAAAGGCCGUGGGGCCCGCAGUGGAACGGAAUCGGUUUCUUCUGUUAAUAAAAGAAUUGAUGGGUUUGAAGUCAGUCAAGAAAGUGGGGUGAUUGUUGAUGAUGAUGAUGAUGACGUGGGUCAAGAUGAUGAUGAUGAUGACGUGGAGGAAGAGUUUGAGGACCCGAGAUGUGAUUCGGUGAGCGUUGCGAGUUCGAAUGAUUGUGGAAAUAUGAGUUUCGUUUCUUCUAAUCAUGCUGGGGAAUUUUAUGAUGCUACUGAAGAGUUCUCCUCAGAUGGAUCUAUGUUGAGCUUACCUUCUUGGAGCCGAAACUUAGAAUCAGAGUUACAUACAACAAGGCUUAGUCUUCUGGAGGAGGUUGACAAACGCAAGACUGCCGAAGACGAUCUUGCUGCAAUGUCUACUCACUGGCAGACGUUCAGCAGGCUUCUACUACCUGAGACUGGUCUUGCUUUUCUUGCACCUUCAAAUGAUGGCAGUCGUAUGCAGGUUGACUUUAAUGCAGUGAAGCAGUUCUCGGAGGAAGUUAUUGUGGCUAGAUAUAUAGAUGAAGCCAUGGGGAAGGCUGAAGCAAAAGCAGAAGCUGAGCUGGCUGCUGAUGUCAUCAUAGGAUCCAAAGAUAAAGAGAUCUCCCGGCUAAAAGACAGACUGCAGUAUUAUGAAGCCAUGAUCCAUGAAAUGUCCCAAAAGAAUCUUGAAACUAUGGAGGUGGCACGAAGGCAGAGAGAAAGGAAAAGAGGUCAAAGGAAGUGGUUAUGGAGUUGUAUAGGCAUGUCGAUCGUGAUUGGAGCAUCUGUCAUUGCUUACUCGUAUGUUCCACAGCCUACGAACACUGUUGAUGAUACGCAGCCAGAAGCUGGUCUUGACUCUUGAUUAGUUCUUUAGGAUUAUAGGAUGGGUGAGAUGUUACUUGUGUCUUGUGAGACUUGUUUAUGUCUCAAAUAAGUCAGCAUUGAGAGGUUACAUGACCAUCAGGUCCGCUAUUGGAAGUAACCCAUAAAAAAGUGAUCUUCACAAUUUUGCUACUGGUUAGUAGUUGGAUUCGGCUUAGUCUGGUUCUUGAAGAGUUUACUGAUGAUACAUUUAGUUUGUAGAUGAGAUGGAUUUAAUGAAAUCCUUGACAUGCUUUUCUUUCAUUUGUUGCAUUGCGUAUGACAGUGUGAGAUGUCCAUUGUCUUGAUCUCUUUUGUAUGACUUGUACAAAUAUUAUCUGGUUAACCUGGUUAUAUGUUGAAAAAAAACUUCCAGAUCC